AUGCCAUACAUACUUACGAGCCAGGAGUGGCUUGCCCAGUCCCGCCUCCUCAUCGAGGCCCGCCCAACAACAGCCCGCGUCACCACAAAAUACAACAUCAAGCCCGUGAAACCACGAGCGACAAAGGUCAAGAAGCAGGACGAUGGCGACGACACGCCCAUGACCGACGCCUCGGCGACGAGCAGGCCGCCGCGCGCGUCCUUGAUACUCAAGACCUACGACCCCCACUCGGGCGUCUGCCUCAAGUACAAGACGACCAAGGCCGCCGAGGUGUCGCGGCUCGUGCAGCUGCUGGGUGCCCUGGGCAGGAGGAUGGCGGCGCUGCCCGACGCGCCGGCGCCUGUCGUCGAGGAUGAGGCUGCCGCUGGGACUGCGACGCCGCCGGUCGGCCCCGCGGGCGGCGCGGCGGGAGGAGCUGGUCAGCCUGUCCAGCAGGCGCAGGCCGGGGCGGGAGGUGGUGGAGGUGGGAAGGGCAAGAAGAAGAAGGGCAAGCGGUGA